AUGGAUCUAAAAUCCCCCAUUGUGGGUGCAAACACCGAGUCAUCGAACACCAUGGCACACAGCUCAGUCAGCUAUGAGCAAGGCCGGGAAGAGAUUCGCUUGUCAAACCCACAAGGCAUGACAUCGUCCCCACGCGGUGUGGACGUUGAGAAGGCCGAAUACGAAUUCUCGGAAUUGAACAGACAAUUCUCAAAUAUUUCAUACCAGGCUCGGCGCUUGUCGAAGCAAGCUUCGCGAGCUUCCAAGCCAACUAUCACCGCCGAGGAUGUGGAGAAAGGAAGUACUGCAGCCGAUUCGGAGGAGCCGUGGGACUUGGAGUCUACAUUGAGGGGGAAUCGCGCCGCAGAGCAAGAAGCAGGGAUCAAGGACAAGCACAUCGGCGUCAUCUGGGACAAUCUGACAGUACGGGGAAUGGGCGGCGUAAAGACCUUCAUUAAAACGUUCCCGGAUGCCAUAGUCGACUUCCUCAACGUGCCCGCGCUCAUCAUGCAAUGGUUCGGAUGCGGUAAGCAGGGUGAAGAGUAUAAUAUCCUCGAGGGGUUCAAAGGGCUGGCCUUGCCUGGAGAGAUGAUUCUGGUGCUGGGGCGGCCUGGGUCGGGAUGUACAUCUUUCCUCAAGGUGAUCGCGAAUCAAAGAUUUGGCUACACGAGCGUCGACGGAGAAGUCCUGUAUGGCCCUUAUGACUCCGCGACCUUUGCGAAGCGUUUCCGUGGCGAGGCUGUUUACAAUCAAGAAGAUGAUAUCCAUCAGCCCACUUUGACUGUCAAGCAAACCAUCGGCUUUGCACUGGACACUAAGAUUCCCGGCAAGCGGCCGCACGGGGUGUCCAAGACGGAGUUUAAGGACAGGGUGACCAGCAUGCUUUUGCGUAUGUUUAACAUCGAACAUACAGCCAACACCGUGAUUGGUAACCAGUUUAUUCGAGGUGUCAGCGGCGGUGAAAGGCGAAGAGUCAGCAUCGCCGAGAUGUUCUCGACCGCUGCCUGUAUUCUAUCCUGGGACAACUCAACUCGUGGUCUCGAUGCCUCUACUGCGCUGGACUUUGCCAAGUCAUUGCGAAUACUGACAAACAUUUACAAAACAACAACCUUUGUCUCUCUAUACCAAGCAUCCGAGAACAUCUACAAGCAAUUUGACAAGGUGCUGGUCAUCGACAGCGGCCGUCAGGUGUUCUUUGGCCCCACGGAGGAAGCUCGCGCCUACUUUGAAGGACUAGGAUUUCGAGAAAAGCCCCGCCAAACCACUCCAGAUUAUCUGACGGGCUGCACUGAUCCAUUUGAGAGAGAGUUUCGAGAUGGACGAAGCGCUGACGAUGUGCCAUCAACCCCUCAAGCUUUGGCUGAGGCUUUCGGCAAGUCCGCACUGAGCCAGCAACUGGACAAGGACAUGAGAGCAUAUCGUGCGCAGAUCCAUGAAACAAAGCACAUUUAUGUUGAUUUCGAAGUUGCCAAUCUCGAGGCGAAGCGUAAAUUCACGUCCAAGUCAUCCGUCUACUCCAUCCCUCUCCACUUGCAGAUCUGGGCGCUCAUGCAGCGUCAGUUCCUGAUCAAGUGGCAAGACAAGUUUGCCUUGACCGUCUCGUGGAUCACCUCGACGGGCAUCGCCAUCAUUCUCGGUACCGUAUGGCUCAAUCAACCCGAGACUAGCGCAGGUGCUUUUACUCGUGGAGGUCUUCUGUUCAUCAGUCUCCUAUUCAAUGGCUUUCAGGCCUUUGCGGAACUUGCUGGAACCAUGAUUGGUCGAUCGAUCGUCAACAAACAUCGAGCCUUCACCUUCUACAGACCCAGUGCCCUCUUUAUUGCGCAGAUCAUUGUAGACACCACGUUCGCUUUUGCCAAGAUCCUGAUUUUCUCAAUCAUUGUCUACUUUAUGUGUGGUCUGGUCCUCAAUGUUGGAGCAUUUUUCACUUUCGUCUUGAUCAUUUUGACGGGCUAUGUUUGCAUGACCGUCAUCUUCCGAACAAUUGGUUGUCUUUGUCCCGACUUUGACUCUGCGAUCAAGUUCGUUUCCGUCAUCAUCACGUGCUUCAUCUUGACCAGCGGUUACUUGAUUCAGUGGUCGUCAGAACAAGUAUGGCUCCGCUGGAUUUACUACAUCAAUCCUUUUGGCCUUGGCUUUGCAUCUCUGAUGGUGAAUGAAUUCAGUCGCUUGACUAUGACUUGCACUAAGGACUCGCUUGUACCGUCUGGGCCCGGCUACACAGACAUCGCCUAUCAGGCUUGCACGCUUGCUGGUGGUGAAACUGGGUCGGCUAUCAUUCCAGGAUCCAGCUAUUUGAUGACUACCUUCAGUUAUGCAAAGGGUGACUUGUGGAGGAACUUCGCUAUCAUGAUCGGACUGAUCCUGGCCUUCCUUGCAUCGAAUUUGUAUCUCGGCGAGACUAUUCGCUUUGGAGCUGGUGGAAAGACCAUCACGUUCUUCCAGAAAGAGAAUCAAGAGCGCAAAGAACUGAAUGCAGCCCUGGCUCUCACCAAGGCUAAUCGUCGGCCCAAGGCAGACACCGGGACAAAUUUGCAUACAAGCUCAACAUCUGUGUUCACAUGGGAGAAUGUUUGCUAUGAGGUCCCAGUGCCCUCUGGAACUCGGCGGUUGCUCAACUCGGUAUAUGGUUUCGUCCAGCCCGGCAAACUCACAGCUCUGAUGGGGGCCUCUGGCGCAGGCAAAACAACUCUGUUGGACGUUCUAGCUGCUAGGAAGAAUAUAGGAGUCGUUUCGGGCGACAUCUUGGUUGAUGGCCGAGCACCUGGGACCGCAUUCCAACGUGGGACCUCAUACGCGGAACAACUUGACACUCACGAAGCCAUGGCUACCGUUCGAGAAGCUCUUCGCUUCUCUGCCGACCUUCGUCAGCCAUUUGAGACACCCCGGUCGGAAAAGUACGCAUAUGUUGAGGAAAUCCUAAGCCUGUUGGAGCUCGAGAAUCUGGCAGAUGCGAUUAUUGGAACACCCGAAACAGGCCUCUCUGUCGAGGAGAGAAAACGAGUCACGAUUGGGGUUGAGCUUGCCGCCAAACCCGAGCUUCUCCUCUUCUUGGACGAGCCAACUUCGGGUCUGGACAGCCAGUCUGCAUUCAACAUCGUUCGAUUCUUGAAAAAACUUGCCGCUGCUGGGCAGGCUAUUCUUUGUACCAUCCAUCAGCCAAACUCUGCGCUUUUUGAGAAUUUCGACCGGCUGUUACUCCUUCAAAGGGGAGGCGAGUGUGUCUAUUUUGGUGACAUUGGUGCUGACUCUCAGGUGCUGUUGGAAUAUUUCCGGCGCAAUGGUGCUGACUGUCCCCAUGAUGCUAAUCCCGCCGAAUGGAUGCUUGAUGCCAUUGGCGCUGGGCAAACUCGCCGCCUCGGCGAUCGAGACUGGGGUGAUGCGUGGCGCGAUUCACCAGAGCUUCGCUCCCUGAAGCAAGAGAUCAUCAAUAUCAAGGCAGACAGAGCCCGGUAUGUCACCGAAAGUAACGAUGAAGGCCACGGUCCCGUCGAAAAGGAGUACGCUUCGCCACUGUGGCAUCAGGUCAAGGUUGUUGGACGGCGCACACACCUGGCUUUCUGGCGAUCUCGAAACUAUGGAUUCACGCGGCUCUACACUCACGUGGUGAUUGCGGUCAUCACCGGUCUGGCGUUCCUGAAUCUCGACGAUUCUCGCACAUCGCUUCAAUACCGCAUUUUUGUCAUUUUCAAUGUCACCGUCCUACCGGCCAUCAUCCUACAGCAGGUCCAGCCAAAGUACGACAUGUCCCGGCUGAUCUUCUAUCGCGAAUCGGCAUCCAAGACAUACAGUCAAUUUGCCUUUGCAGUCUCGAUGGUUCUGGCUGAAAUUCCGUACAGUGUGCUGUGUGCUACCUGCUUCUUCCUGCCUCUAUACUAUAUCCCUGGAUUCCAAUCGGCCAGUAGUCGAGCAGGAUACCAGUUCCUCAUGGUUCUCAUCACCGAAAUCUUUGCUGUGACUCUGGGACAGAUGGUUUCUGCCUUGACGCCGAACAGCUUUAUCGCCUCGCUACUCAAUCCACCCAUUGUCAUCAUCUUCUCCCUCUUCUGUGGCGUUGCCAUCCCCAAACCUCAAAUGCCCAAGUUUUGGCGCGCAUGGCUGUACCAGCUGGACCCCUUUAAUCGUCUGAUUGCAGGCAUGGUGGUAACUGAGCUGCAUGGUCGACCGGUCGAAUGCUCCGGUCACGAGUGGAAUACGUUUCAAGCGCCCGCCAACCAGACUUGUGGCGAGUACAUGCAGCCAUUCUUUGAACGUGGAGGCAAUGGAUAUCUGCUUGAGAACGCAACUCAAGCUUGCCAGUACUGUGCCUACAAGAUUGGAGACCAGUUUUAUUCGACCUUUAGCAUGAAUUUUGACUACCGCUGGCGUGAUUUGGGUAUUUAUGUCGCGUACGUUGGGUCGAACCUGAUUAUUCUCUUUAUUGCCUCUCGGUUCUUGAACUUCAACCGACGAUAG